AUUAUCGUUAUUGUAAUACGUAUCAGAACUUUAUCGGAGAAUUUGUCAUGGCGCCACUAGCUGUUACCUUUUUUGAAAAAACUAUUCAUGUUGCGGCAUUAGAAGGUCAACUUUAUACUGUUCAACAAGUCACAAAAUCUGAGCCUAAGGCCGUAAAUUCAAAAGACGAGGACGAAAGAAUUCCUUUACAUUGGGCCGUUUCAGGUGGUCAUUUGGAUAUCGUAGAAUUUUUAUUAGAUAAUGGUUCUGAAGUGAAUGCUACCGAUGAAGCGCAUUGGACCCCUUUACAUAUUGCCGUGUCGAUUGGAAAUUUACCCGUUACUGAGAAACUUUUACAAUCAGGCGCCACUGUCAAUGCUCAAAAUGAGGUGGGUCUUACUCCAUUACAUUAUGCUGCUUCUAAGAAUAAGAUUGAGAUUGGAACUUUGUUAUUGGAAAGAGGUGCUGAUCUAAAUCUUAUGGAUCAAAAUAAUCAAACUCCUCUUCAUCGAUGCGCGGUUGGUGGUUAUACUGUAUUUGUGAAAUUAUUGCUUGAGAAAGGUGCCAGACCUAAUGUAAUUGAUAAAGUCAAAAAUACGCCGUUGCAUUUGGCAUGUGAAGAAGGGUACGGUGAUUGUGCAUUAGUGCUAAUUGAAAAUGGUGGUGAUAUUACACUUGAAAAUACGGAAAAGAAAACUCCAUUGGAUUUAUGUAAAAAGGAGUUGAGGGCUUUCAUAUUACAACAAACUUCAACAGAGGAAUAA